CAGACUGAGGAGUGUGCGAGGCAGAAGCCCACAAGACCGCCCAUUAAACAAGGCUAAAGUGAGCAUUAAGCCACACGUGAACGCCACGAGCAGGACGCACUGCUACCGAUCUAUCCAAAGAAGAACUCUGAGAUUCUCUGCAACUCUUAUUUUUAUAUUUCAAUACUUGCCAAUGGACAUCACAGCCAAGAUGGAAAUAAAUGUGAGCCAGCAGCAAUUCAUUCCGCCCUCCUGCUUCUUUGCUGCCGCAGCGCAGAGUAUCCAGCUCAGCCCUACCAGCAGCCAAGGGAGCGGCAAGUCAGCAUCCAAGGUGAAGAGGCAGCGCUCAUCCUCGCCAGAGCUGCUAAGAUGCAAGAGGAGGCUGAAUUUUGCCGGCUUUGGGUACAGCCUGCCGCAGCAGCAGCCGCACACCGUGGCGCGGCGGAACGAGAGGGAGCGCAACAGAGUGAAACUUGUCAACAACGGCUUCGCCACUCUCCGGGAACACGUCCCCAAUGGCGCGGUCAACAAGAAGAUGAGCAAAGUGGAAACGUUACGGUCCGCGGUGGAGUACAUUCGCGCACUGCAGCAACUUUUGGAUGAGCACGACGCCGUGAGCGCGGCGUUUCAGUCCGGAGUCCUGUCGCCCAACAACUACCCCAACGAGAUGAACUCCAUGGCAGGCUCUCCAGUGUCCUCCUACUCGUCCGAUGAGGGGUCCUACGACCCUCUCAGUCCCGAGGAGCAGGAACUCCUGGACUUCACCAACUGGUUCUGAGCAUCAGCCUAUAUGGAAUAUGGAUCAAUUGAACGAUGUAAAGCCUCAGCAUGUGCUCGGGAGGAUCACAGAGGAGCUCGCGCCUUCUAGAACAAGACGCACUGAGCUGGCGUUCUGCUCCGGUCGUCCACGAACCAGUCCACCCUUGCAACCGGAGAAACUGCGGACAUGCAGGCCAGUGUUGAGCCAAAGGACUAAAAAGAAAACGGGCUCUCCAUGUCUGACAGCGUGGGAAUCCAACCUUCCAGCACAUUCGCCCACGAAAACAAUAUUUCAAAAGUGAUUUUACAUCAGCACACAAAACAUAAUUUAAAAUGUUGUUCUCGAACUAUGCUUAAUCGAAUCAAAGAACAUCAACCCUUCUUUGUAAACUCCUGUGACAUUUAGUUCUAAAAUGCUUCCAAUGUGCGGAUUUUAUUAUAUGAAAUUCUAUAUCAAACAUGUUUUUGAAAUAUAUCAAGAUAUUUUUGUAUGUAAAAGAUAUAUUUUUUAGAUGUUUUCUUUUGUAUAUAUUUAUAUUGAUAAGUUGCUCUUACCUCUUGCCUAUUUUAGACUUGUAUAAUGC